AUGUACACAACAGUUCUAGCGUUUCUCUGCCUUCCCCUGGCCAUGGCAAGCCCGUGCCAGGGAAGAGAUCCCUAUAAGACUGCAAUUUACCUUACAACAAACGAAGACCAAAACUCGGUCGUCGCCCUGCCCAUCGGCCGCAAUGGUCUCCUCGGAAAUGGGACAAGUAUUGCAACUGGCGGACGCGGUGCAAGUGGUCUGCUUGCAAGCAACAACCAGCCUUCCGCUCCUGACUCCCUUUUUAGUCAAUCAGCUCUCACGGUGUCUGGCAAAUAUCUCUUUGCUGUCAACGCCGGGUCCAAUUCCCUUUCCAUGUUUCUUAUUGACCAUAAUGACUCCACCAAACUCACCCUGGUGCAAGAGCCUCUGUCUCUCCCAGGAGAAUUCCCCGUAACCGUCGCAGCCUCUCAAAAGAAGAACUUGGUGUGUGUGGGAUUCAGCGGCGCCAAGGCCGGUAUCUCGUGCGCUAAAUUCUCCGCGCAUGGUAUCGAAGCGAUGGACCAGUUGCGUCCUAUCGAGCUGGGGCAGACUACGCCGCCUCACGGUCCUCUGAACACCGUUUCGCAGGUCUUCUUUGCUGCGGAUGAGAAAACUUUGUAUUCGACUGUCAAGGGUGACCCAAUGGUCAACAACACUGGCUACUUUGCCUCAUUCCCAGUCCAGGAUGGCAAAGUCAGCAAUGAGGGAGUCAGGUCAUCUCCUAACGGGACAGCCGUGCUUUUCGGGUCCGUGGUCAUUCCCGGGACAAACGAUGUGUUCGUGACCGAUGCCUCUUUCGGUGCCGCCAUUCUGGAUGUUACCAAGGAUGGCAAGGCUAUCUCUGCCCAUCGAGGACCAAUCGCCAACCAAAUGGCCACUUGCUGGGCUACCUUGAAUGAACGCACAGGUACUGGAUUCGUUACCGACGCAGCUGUGAACAGGCUGGUUGAAGUGUCGCUUGCGGACGCCAGUGUCCAGAGCAGCAUCGACCUGAGCGCAAACGGCGACCCUGGACUUCUCGAUCUUGUCUCCCAUGGCAAAUAUGUCUACGCCUUGAGCGGCGGUAAUGGAACUACGGAGGCGGCUAUUGUAGUUGUUGACGCCAUCAGCAAGAAGCAAGUGCAGCAUCAGGGCCUGACUUACUUGGGGGCAGGCAAGAGUUCGGCAGGCCUGGCUAUCAACUAA